UAUUUGUGACCGUUUUCGGACUGUGGCUUGUAAUUGUGACUACGCCUAUACGACGGUCGAUCAUCAAUCAUGCCCUGUUUUAGUCCCACCGUCCGUCCUCCUAUUACCCUAGGUCCGAAUUAUAAAUGAGAAAUAUCAUACUAGCUGUCCCGCAGCGCUGUUGCCUUACUUCCGCUCAUCAUGGUUAAUCUCUCGUAUACAAUAGGUUCCCUGCUUCUUGGUGGCUUGUUUUCUGCAGUUCUUACCGGCAUGAUGUCCAUCCAAUCUCUCCUUUACUUCAAACUUUUCCCCGAGGACAAGCCCCGAAUCAAAGCUCUGGUUACUAUUCUAUGGCUCCUCGACCUGGCUCACAGCGGGACCGUUUGGGCUGGGCUAUGGAACUAUUCGAUCGUUCACUUUGACGACACAGCUUGGAUAAACCAAAUUCCCCAAGCCAUAUCGGUUACAAUUAUCCUUACAGCCAUUUCCACUAUUUGUGUCCAUCUGUUUUUCGCUGAGCGAAUAUUUCGGUUAAGCAGGAACAACUGGAUGCUUGCAGCGUUGAUUGCUAUCCCUGCUUUCCUCCGUCUAACUUGUGCUUGUGUUACCGCUGGAGCAAUGCUAUUCAUCGAAACAUAUUCCGGAUUCAGAAACAAAUUCGAUUGGGUAUUCUCCGCCGGACUCGGACUCUCAUCCGCAGUGGAUAUUCUCAUUACCGGCUCACUAUUGAAAUUACUCCAUGCCAACCGCAAAACUUCCUUGAGCUUCGAUCAUAUAAUAGACUCGCUCAUUUUAUACACAUUAGAAUGUGGUGCUGUCACAUGCGCUGCUACCAUCGCGUCGAUGAUCUGCUGGCUUACGAUGAACAACAACCUCGUCUUUCUAGGCCUACACUUCGUUAUAUCUAAACUGUACUCAAACUCACUCCUAGCAACCCUCAUCACCCGGUACGAACUGAGAAACAGCCGAGAACGCUCCACCUCUGACGGCGUCAUGGAUCUCGACAUGUUCAAUAUGAGAAACCCGCGACGCGUGAAUAUCCUUGCCCCCCCCAUGCAAGUCUCUGUCAAGCAAAGCGUUAUCCAAUACGGGCCCGAGGGAAGUGCAGAAGCAGAAUUAUAAUUUUUGUACUCAUUCUCACCGCACAUGCUGUAUCAGUGCAUAUUAUAAUUUCAACUUGGCUCUGUACCCACAAUUGGGCACAGGUAUUCUCAAUGCCUCAGGCGGAAAACUCCCGUUCCGCUACUCUAAAGAAAAAACAGCAAUGCUAUCCCAUCAGCAUAGCUACUUGAUAAUAUCAAGAUAGGACCCUGCGUAACAUACUGGGAUUCAAUUGUCAGCGACAGCAAUUAUACGUGAUUC